AUGGCCUUGUUUGGAGGUUGGCUCCGGUCGGGCUUGAGGGUUUGUGCUCCUACCUCUCAAGCUCAGAGGCUGUUCCGACCUUUCUCGUCAUCAUCUGGGGAGGGAGACGCCAAUCAUCGAGACCCAGCAGCAUCUACGAAACCAGACUCAGCUGUACCUGAAGUGGCUGCCAAACGCUCCCAGCCGCAGAAGAAGAAAGUGCUGUCGGGGGUGGAGCUUGCAGUCGGAGGGUACAAGGUCAACCGGAGCGUGUGGGGGAGCAUAUCAGAAGCCAAGGUGUCAGACUUGGCGAGAAGGAUUGAGAAACUGGGGAUCUUGGCGUCGGACAUCCAAGAGCAGUUCGUACGAGGUUCAGGGAGAGGCGGGCAAAAGAUGAACAAGACUGCGUCCAAGGUGAGGAUCACGCACAUCCCCACAGGCAUACAGGUGGCUUGCCAGACUGAGCGGGAGCAGUCGAUCAACAGAUUCCUAGCGAUGCGCGAGCUCGUGUCUCGACUAGAGAGCGACGACCAGAAAUCCGAAGGAGAGAAGGAAAGAGAGAGGAUCCGAAAGUUGAAGGCGAGAGCGAAGAGGAGGUGUUCUUCGAGCCUCUACUUCGAGCCUCCUCUUCAGCCCCUGACAAGUUUCCUCACAGACACAAGAAGCUAG